AUGGCAACGAUUUCACGCAAUCAUCUUGUUCUGGUCGCUUUUUUCCUGCUUUGCUUUGUUUCCACUUGUACUAGAGCAGCAAGGACUUUGCGAGAGGCUAACAACCACGAAGUAGAGAAGAAGGACGAAAAUGAUCUGUUUCCAUCAAAAGAAAAUGGGUUGUCAGAUGUGGAUGAUUUAGUUGGGAUGGAUUACACUCCAGCAAGAAAGAAGCCUCCAAUCCAUAACUAA